CCUCUUAAAGAUGCAAAUCAAGAAGAGCCACAACAUUGGUUAGCGAAACAAGACCUCAGCAAGUUAGAUCCUCAUUCACUUACUCCAAUUACUGAGGAAGUUAUAAGUCGCCAAGCUACUAUUAACAUUGGCACUAUUGGUCACGUAGCUCACGGUAAAUCAACACUUGUCAAGGCCAUUUCGGGUGUGCAUACUGUUAAAUUUAAGAAUGAAUUGGAAAGAAAUAUCACUAUUAAACUUGGCUAUGCAAACGCAAAAAUUUAUAGAUGUUCUAAUGAAAAAUGUCCGCGACCAGGUUGUUAUAGGUCGGCAGGAUCAAGUAGUCCAGAUCGUAUGCCAUGUGAAAGGCCUGGUUGCGGUGGAGAAUUUGUUUGUGUACGUCAUGUGUCAUUUGUAGACUGCCCUGGUCACGAUAUUCUUAUGGCCACCAUGCUGAACGGGGCAGCAGUCAUGGAUGCAGCAUUACUGUUGAUUGCAGGUAACGAACCUUGUCCACAGCCGCAGACGUCUGAACAUUUAGCUGCUGUGGAAAUCAUGCGACUUAACCAUUUGCUUAUUUUACAGAAUAAGAUCGACUUAGUGAAGGAAAGUCAAGCACGAGAACAGUACGAGCAAAUACGAAGUUUUGUACAAGGAACAGUUGCUGACGGAGCGCCUAUUAUACCUAUUUCAGCUCAACUAAAAUAUAACAUUGAUGUUGUUUGUGAGUAUCUUUGUAAGAAAGUACCUGUACCUGUAAGAAAUUUCUUAGAGCCUGCACGUUUAAUUGUUAUUCGUUCGUUCGAUGUAAAUCGUCCUGGAGCAGAAGUGGAAGAUUUGAAAGGGGGCGUGGCUGGGGGUUCUAUCCUGCGUGGUAUCCUUCGAGUAGGUCAAGAAAUUGAGGUUCGUCCCGGCAUAGUUUCAAAAGCCCCCGAUGGUAGGCUGCAGUGCAGACCAAUUUUUUCACGUGUAGUGUCGUUAUUUGCUGAACAGAACCAGCUUCAGUACGCGGUCCCGGGAGGCUUAAUCGGUGUGGGUACAAAGAUUGACCCAACUUUAUGUAGAGGCGACCGGUUAGUUGGGCAUAUUUUGGGGGCUGUCGGAACUCUUCCAGAUAUUUUCACUGAAAUUGAAAUAGGAUAUUAUUUAUUGCGUCGUUUGCUUGGUGUUCGCACUGAAGGCGGUAAAAAGGCACAGAAAGUUGUGAAAUUAACGAAGGGAGAAGUUUUGAUGGUUAAUAUUGGAUCACUGAGCACAGGUGGACGCGUAAUUGCAGUUAGAGGUGAUGCUGCGAAAAUCGCUUUGACUGAUCCAAUCUGUACUGAAAUUAGCGAGAAGAUCGCACUUUCUCGACGUAUUGAGAAGCACUGGCGGUUAAUUGGCUGGGGUACAAUAAGAAGAGGAACUACGAUUUUGCCGACAUUGCCUGUGGGUCGGGAUGACCAAGGAGCUUCUAGUAACGUUAUUAAAGGAGAAUCCGGAGAUGCUAAUUAA